UCACGUGCCUUCCUGGCUUAAUCUUGAGCAAUAUGGCGGAAAAUCGAGAACCACCUCCUGACUUGUUUGACGCUGAGGAAAACCUCUCCGAAGAAGAAACGCUUGAAGAACCGAAGCCAGCAGAAGACGAGACUGUCGAUGACAUUCAGGAGACGGUGGAAGUGAGUUUAGAUAACGAGGAAAACGGAAAAGAUGAGCCUGUUGAAGCCAGCAAAGAUGAGAACGCUGAAACCACGGUGAAUGAUCCGAUCAUACCCGAUGAUCCAGCGCCAAAAGAAGCGGAAAAGGUGGCAGAAACAAGCCCGGAAAGCCCUGAGACACCGGAGGAGAAGAAGGAUGAAGAUAAAAGCGAGGUUAAGCCGAAAGCCAAACCAAGGGUGACUUUUGAAACAGAAAAGAACGGAGAUGAAGACGAACAGCAAAAUGGAGAGCCUGAAGACCAUGAAGAUGAGGAAGAGUUUGAAGAAACUGACGAGUUUGAUAUUGAGAUUAAAGUUUCUGAUCCAGAGAAAGUCGGUGAUGGUAUGGGUGCAUACAUGUGCUACAAAGUCACAACGAUGACAAGUCUGCCAAGUUUCAAAAAACCAGAAACAAGUGUCUCCAGGCGUUUUAGUGAUUUUCUUGGCCUCCAUGAGCGGCUUAAUGCAAAGUUUCUUCUACAGGGCAAAGUGGUGCCUCCAGCUCCAGAAAAAUCUGUUCUAGGAAUGACUAAAGUGAAAUUAGGCAAGGAAGAGUCUACUUCAGCUGACUUUGUUGAAAGGCGUAGAGCUUCACUAGAGAGAUACCUCAACAGGACCGCUAGCCAUCCUGCUUUGCGAGAGGACUCAGAAUUCCGAGAAUUCCUAGAACUUGAGAAUCUUCCCAGAGCUUCAGGAACCGCGGCCUUGAGCGGAGGUGGUUUUAAACGAUUGGUUAAAAACGUUGGUGAUACUAUGUUUAAUUUGACGACGAAAAUAGAGGAAUCCGAUCAGUGGUUUGAGGACAAGCACAACAAAAUUGAUGCACUUGAAACACAGUUGAAAAAACUACACCAAGCGUUGGAAAGUUUAGUUAACAAUCGAAAAGAGCUGAGUACAUCAACAACGAUAUUUUCAAACGCAAUCGCUGUUCUAAGCAGCGCUGAAGAACACAGUGCAUUGUCGAGAGCUUUAUCAAACCUUGCUGAAGUUGAGGAAAAAGUCGAUAAAGUCAUUCAAAGUCAGAUGGAGACCGAUUUUUACGUUCUUGCUGAGCUAAUCAAGGAUUAUCUAGGUCUAGUUCAUUCGGUUAAGAUGUGUUUCAACCAGCGUCUUCGUGUUUACACUAAUCUUCAAAAUGCUCAGCAAAAUUUAACGAAAAAACGCGAGGUUUUGGUCAAGGCUGAACUUGCCUCGAAGACGGAUCGCGUUAAACAAUGCAAAGACGAAGUUAGUCAGUGUGAAAGGAAGGUGGAGAAAUGUCAGGAGGAUUUCAAAGAAAUAUCGAAAACAAUCCGGAAAGAAUUCACAAGAUUUGAGCAUAAUCGUACGAAAGAUUUCCGUGCAGCCAUAAUUCAAUACUUAGAAGCGCUCAUGGAAAACCAGCAACAGGUCUUAAAACAUUGGGAGGGAUAUUUACCUGAAGCUAAAGAAAUUGCUUGAAGACAACCAAGUUUGUAUUUGUGUAGAGCACGUAUAGAAUUGAUUUUAAAAUGGAAUUGAUCCGAAAUAUUUUGGCCGUGAGAACUCUCGCGCCGCAUGCGUCCAAAUAAUGGGUUUUGCCGUUAAAAUGAAUGAAUAGGGACCUACAAACGUCUGAUUGAGAAUGAGCAUCACAUUGUAGACAUAUUUCAUAUGCAAUUAUAUUAUUAAUUUUUGCCAAAAAAGCUUUAUUGGUUGCAUCUGCAGCUGAAAUACACGGCUUUCUGUAAAUGGCGGUUUCACUGCAUCCGGUGCAAGGCAAGGUAUGUGCAUGGUUUUUGCAGCAAACGCACCACCAUUUCACAGGGGCAGACUGGUCUGUACAUGA